AUGGCUUUUCCCGAUUCCGCUGCUUCGAAAAGAGGACUGCUCGUAGUCAUUGAAGGCCUUGAUCGCUCAGGGAAAUCGAGUCAGUGCCAACGGCUUUUCGACUUCUUUCGACUGCAAGGGCAGCGGGUUCGCUAUGCCAAAUUUCCAGAUCGGACGACGCCGACAGGACAGAUGAUCAAUAGCUAUUUGACUGGCCAAGCUCAACAAGACGACCACUCGAUACAUCUGCUCUUCAGCGCCAACAGAUGGGAGGCUAUCAAUUCCAUCAGAUCAGACCUGCUCAGUGGGAUGAACGUCAUAGUCGACCGGUACUCUUUCUCUGGAGCUGUCUAUUCAGCCGCAAAAGACAACCCGGAUCUUCCGCUCCGUUGGGCUUGGAAUCCGGAGAUCGGACUCCUCAAGCCUGAUCUACUCUUUUUCCUCGACAUCUCGUCUGCAGAUGCAGCCAAACGCGGCGGCUAUGGAGCUGAGCGGUACGAGAUGGAGGAAAUGCAGACCCGUGUGCGAAUUCUAUUCAAGGACCUGUUUGCUAGACUGGACAUCACGGUCUAUCAAGUCGAUGCGGGGAGAACAAUCGACCAGGUUGCUGUUGAUAUCCAAGCAGUUGUUCAAACGGCGAUGCAGAAUUCUCAGGUGGCUACUAGCGACCUUGAGAAGCUGGGACCUUUGCUUGACAACGUGUCUUUAUGA